AUGACAAAGGUGGCGCAGUGUAGUGAGCGCUCGAUCACUAACAUACGCAAGAACUUGCGGUUAUUCGGUAGUGCCAGAUCUCCCCCAGUUUCGGUCGGCCGACAACCAAGUAUCGCUCCUAGCAUGCUUGACGCCCUCUGUGACCACCUCGCCAAAAAGCCUGGCCUAUGCAUCGAAGAGAUGGCUAUCUUCCUAUGGGAUGAGUUCAACAUUCUACCAUCGUCAUCUAGCAUCAAACGUGCUCUUUCACGGACGGGCUGGACAAAGAAGAAAGCCCAACAGAAAGCCAAAGAACAGAACCCACAACUACGAGAUUUCUACCAACAUAAGCUAUCUGAAUUUCGGUCACAUCAUCUUGUAUUUGUCGAUGAGUCUGGAUGUGAUAAAAGGAUUGGAUAUAGACGAACUGGCUGGUCACCCCUCGGCGUGACACCGGUCCAAGUGUCGAAAUUUCAUCGCGGCCAGCGAUUCCAGAUACUGCCUGCAUAUGCUCAAGACGGCAUCAUUCUGUCCCGUAUUUUCAAAGUUUCAACUGAUGCCACUUUUUUCGAAUCGUCUUUCGAAUCGUUUAUCGAGCAGCUUCUGCAGCACUGUGGGAGGUGGCCGGAGCCAAAAUCUGUGCUUAUUAUGGACAACGCAUCUUUUCAUCAUUCCGACCGGAUCAAGACCUUAUGUGCUGACGCAGGAGUCAAGUUGCUGUACCUGCCGCCGUAUUCGCCGGAUUUCAACCCCAUUGAAGAAUUCUUUGCCGAACUAAAGGCCUAUAUCAAGAAAGCUUGGUCAGCAUAUGAAGAGAAUCCUGGCCAAGGGUUUCAUGCCUUCCUUCGACGGUGCGUUCAUGAGGUUGGUGUAAAACAGAAGAGCGCCGAAGGACACUUUCGACAUGCGGUUAUAACGAUAGAGAAGAUAUAA